AUGACUAGAUUCAAAUGUAAUGAAGAAAAUUGUGACAAAAAAUUCUUCCAAAAUUCGCAUCUAAUUCAACACAAACGCAUUCAUUCGGGAGAAAAAUCAUUUGUUUGUCAUUACAAUGAUUGUAACAAAAGUUUCAAACAAUCGACGACGUUAUUCGCUCACAACAGGAGAUGUCAUUUAAAUAUCCGGAAAUAUAAAUGCAAUUCAAAUGAUUGUGAAAAACAAUUUUACAAUAAUUUUCAAUUAACAGAACACAUGAAUGCAAUUCAUUUACACAUCAAACCAUUCAAAUGCACUCAAAUUGGUUGCAAUCAAUCUUUUGCUGUUAAACAACGGCUAUCUAAACAUUUAAAAUCUAAACAUUAA